UGUUUUAUUUCCAGGGUUUAAUUUCAAAACGCCUUCAUCAUGGGGGACAUGUUUCGCAGUGAAGAAAUGGCCCUGUGCCAGAUGUUUAUACAGCCAGAAGCAGCUUAUACUUCAGUAUCUGAAUUAGGUGAAACCGGUUGUGUACAAUUUCGUGAUUUGAACAGCGGUGUCAACGCCUUCCAACGUAAAUUCGUCACCGAGGUGCGUCGUUGCGAUGAAUUGGAACGCAAAAUCCGUUACAUCGAAGCCGAAAUCAAGAAAGAUGGUAUUGUUAUGCCCGAUAUCAUCGAUGACAUACCCAAAGCACCGAAUCCAAGAGAAAUUAUCGAUUUGGAAGCCCAUUUGGAAAAGACCGAAAAUGAAAUUCUCGAGUUGGCCCAAAACGAAGUCAAUCUGAAAUCGAACUAUUUGGAAUUGACCGAAUUGCGCAAGGUGUUGGAGAACACACAGGGUUUCUUUUCCGAUCAGGAAGUUUUGAAUUUGGACAGCAGCAAUCGUGGUGGUGCUGAUGAUGUUGCCGCACAAAGUCGCGGUCGUUUGGGUUUUGUUGCCGGUGUUAUCAAUCGCGAACGUGUCUUUGCCUUUGAACGUAUGCUGUGGCGUAUUUCACGCGGUAAUGUUUUCUUGAAACGUUCCGAUUUGGAUGAACCUUUGAAUGAUCCAGCCACUGGUCAUCCCAUCUAUAAGACCGUCUUUGUGGCCUUCUUCCAGGGCGAACAAUUGAAGAAUCGCAUUAAGAAAGUGUGCACAGGUUUCCAUGCAUCCAUGUAUCCCUGCCCCAGCUCGCACACCGAACGCGAAGAAAUGGUCAAGGGCGUACGUACGCGUUUGGAAGACUUGAAAUUGGUCUUGAGCCAAACUGAAGAUCACCGUAGCCGUGUUUUAGCUACCGUCUCAAAGAAUCUGCCAUCCUGGUCGAUUAUGGUCAAGAAAAUGAAGGCCAUCUAUCACACCUUGAAUCUGUUCAACAUGGAUGUGACCAAGAAAUGUUUGAUUGGUGAGUGCUGGGUGCCCACCAAGGAUUUGCCAAUUGUCCAGAAGGCCUUGUCCGAUGGUUCUGCUGCUGUGGGCAGUACCAUUCCAUCGUUCUUGAAUGUCAUCGACACCAACGAACAGCCACCAACAUUCAAUCGUACCAAUCGGUUUACCCGUGGUUUCCAGAACCUGAUUGAUGCCUACGGUAUUGCUUCCUACCGUGAGUGUAACCCGGCCCUGUACACAUGCAUUACAUUCCCCUUCUUGUUCGCUGUGAUGUUUGGCGAUUUGGGUCAUGGUUUCAUUUUGACUUUGUUCGGUGCCUGGAUGUGUAUGUUCGAGAAGUCGUUGGCCCGCAAGAAGGGUGGUGAAAUCUGGAACAUUUUCUUCGGUGGCCGUUACAUCAUCUUGCUUAUGGGUAUCUUCUCCUGCUACACUGGUUUCAUCUACAACGAUGUGUUCUCCAAAUCGAUGAACAUCUUCGGUUCGACAUGGACACCCAAAUACAAUACCAGUACCGUUAUCACCAAUCCUUCACUGCAGUUGAACCCACAAUACCAUGUUGAUGGUGUCUACCCCAUUGGUUUGGAUCCCAUUUGGCAGAUGGCCGACAAUAAAAUUAUCUUCUUGAACACCUACAAAAUGAAGUUGUCCAUCAUUACCGGUGUUGCGCACAUGAUUUUCGGCGUGUGCAUGUCUGUGGUGAAUUUCAUGCAUUUCAAGCGUAUGUCCAGCAUUGUUUUGGAAUUCUUGCCACAAAUUUUGUUCUUGGUCUUGUUGUUCGGUUACAUGGUCUUCAUGAUGUUCUUCAAGUGGGUAACCUAUUCGGCCACUAGUGAUUUGCAGCCGACCACACCUGGCUGUGCCCCCUCUGUGUUGAUUAUGUUCAUUAACAUGAUGUUGUUCAAACACACCGAACCCUUGGAUGGCUGCAAGGAAUAUAUGUUCGAUGCUCAACCCUCCGUCGAGAGAGUAUUUGUGUUCAUUGCCUUGAUCUGUAUUCCAUGGAUGUUGUUGGGUAAACCAUUGUACAUUAAAUUUACACGUAAAAAUAAGGCUCAUGCCACACACAAUGGCGAAUUGACCGGCAACAUGGAAUUGAAUGAAGGUGAAACCCAAUUGCCCACUGCCUCCGAUAAUCAUGAAGGUGCUGGCGGCCACAGCCACGAUGAUGAACCAAUGAGUGAAAUUUUCAUCCAUCAAGCUAUUCACACCAUUGAAUAUGUGCUCAGUACCAUUUCUCACACUGCCUCCUAUUUGCGUUUGUGGGCCUUGUCAUUGGCUCAUGCUCAAUUGUCUGAAGUAUUGUGGAACAUGGUCUUGUCCAUGGGUCUUAAACAAACCUCCUACACUGGUGCCAUUGUUUUAUACUUCAUUUUCGGUGCCUGGUGUUUGUUCACCUUGGCCAUUUUGGUUAUGAUGGAAGGUUUGUCUGCCUUCUUGCACACAUUGCGUUUGCAUUGGGUCGAAUUCAUGAGCAAAUUCUAUGAAGGUUUGGGUUAUGCCUUCCAACCUUUCAGCUUCAAGGCCAUCAUGGAUGACGAAGAAGAGGAAUAAGCCAAUCAACUUCAAUUAUUCCAAUUCUCAAUUCAUUCAAUUCCAGUAUUGUGGUACUCUUCCCACUAUUUA